AUGGGAUAAUCUGAGAGUAGUCAAUCAUAGUAGUAAAAAGAAAAAAUAACAAAAAUUGAAAGUGAUAGUGAAGUAAAAGAGUAAAAAAAUAAAUCAGAAGUAUAAAGUACUCCUACACCUUAAGAGAACAGUAGUUUUAAAACUCAAAACUAGAUUAUUGAGCAAUUAUCAAAUUCAAGAUUAUAACUUAAGUAAUAAAGGGAACAAGAAAUAAAAAAAGUUAGUGAAAGUAAAGAAAAGGAUGCUGUUUCAAAAAUUUUAAAAAUUAUGGAAUAAAAUUAAGAAUAGCUUGUGGAAAUAUUAGACGAAAGAGUAUAAUUGAUCAACUAAAACCUUGAAGAUAAACUCCUAGUUUUAGAAAACAAGAUGGAUGAAAUUAGUGAUAAAUUAAGAGAGUUUGAGAAUGCAUUCUAAGACGAAUUUAAAUCUUAAAAUUUCAAAGAGGAGAUUGAUUUACUGAGAAAUGAAGUUAAAUAAAUGGUUGCCAUCUCUGAGAAAUAUAUAAAAGACGAAACAAAAAUACAAGAGAUAUAAAACUUGUCUGUUUUGAAUAAAUCAAUUCACAAAGAAAACAAGCCAAGCAAAAAAGAGUUAAAUCCUCUAUACAAUAAGCUCUCAAUGAUGAGGGAAAGAUCGAAGAUAUAAAAACACAUGAGUGAUAGUUAGAUACUCAAAGAUUUUGAUGAAAACAUGGGUUAUUUAUAAGAAAAUCACUAUUAAUAUUAAAAUGACUACACUACAAUGAAUAUUUCAUCACUUUUUAAUUAGAAUAAUGGAAUAUAUAGUGAAUAAUACAAAUUUAAUUCUAAAAUUGAAUGA